GAGAGUUUUUACACAACAGAGAGGAAGAAUCCUAUUGUCAGCGGCGUAAAUGUAACAUUAAAUGAACUGCGUAUAGUGUGCUGUUUCUAAGAAUAUGAACCGUUGUAUGUAGUGCAGUAUUUUCUUACUUUAAUUCAUUAGAUUUGGAGAAAGGAAACGUUGAGCACAACCUAAAGUAGGUCUGACAGCAGAGCAAUGAGUGACCCUGACCCACCAUCAUUUGCAUCUGUUGAAGAAGAGAGAGACUACUGGAAGGAACAAACUGCCCAAUUGCAGCAGAGGGCUGAAGAGGCACAAGAGGAGCUGCAGGAGUUUCAGCAGAUGAGUCGAGAUUAUGAGGUGGAGCUGGAAACUGAGCUAAAGCAGUGUGAAGCUCGCAACCGCGAGCUGCUUACAACCAACAACAGACUACGCAUGGAUUUAGAUAACUACAAGGAGAAGUACGAAACACAGCAAUCUGAGGCAGUCAGGCAGAUCUCAACUUUAGAAGGUGACCUGUCAGAGACCACAGCCAUCAAGGACCAGCUACACAAGUAUAUCCGGGAGUUGGAACAGUCCAAUGAUGACCUGGAAAGAGCUAAGCGGGCCACUAUAAUGUCACUUGACGACUUUGAGCAGAGAAUGAAUCACGUCAUAGAGCGAAAUGCCUUCCUCGAGAGUGAGCUUGAUGAAAAGGAGAAUCUUUUAGAAUCGGUACAGAGAUUAAAGGAUGAAGCUAGAGAUCUAAAACAGGAGCUGGCUGUUCAGCAUAAACAAGAGCGCAAGCCAUCGAUCAGCCUGUUUAAAGAGAUGGAAAAGCCGGAUGCCACACCCUCAAGACCCUCCUCGGUUGUUAACUUCGCCCUUCCAUCUAUCCUUGCUACGCCUUCUAGGCCUCCAGGCUCAGGGAGUGCGUUCAACACCCCACCAGCUUCCUACAGCAGACUUGAAGGUCUGACUGGAACUCCUCUUACCACAUCUGCACGGAUAUCUGCCCUCAACAUUGUUGGAGAGUUGUUAAGGAAAGUAGGGAACCUUGAAUCCAAGCUGGCAUCAUGUCGAGAAUUACACAUGCACGAGAAAACACCAAGCUGCACCGCCAUUGCACAGAGUACACCAAGUGUUUCAAGGGACACCCCUGAUAAUCCAUCAAACACAAAUGGCCUCUAUGAUAAGGGGAUGGUAAAACGGUUGGACUUUGGAACAGGAUCCAAGAUAAUGCUGUGAAUAAAGCAUUAUCUGCUCUCACAAGUGUCUCUUUCAUUCCUAAAUCAUUGGGAAGUAUUUCUCAUUCAUUACAUCAGAAUGCUUUAUCUUCAGGAACUCUUCUUCUUAUGCCCUCAGUCUUCCAUGUUCUUCUGAAGGGUUUUGCUUUGACAGUUAUAUCAACACCCUUUCUGUCUGUUAUUAUAUAACUGUUCAUCAGGUCUUUUCAUGUUUUCAUGUUUUGCUAUUUUUUCUGUGUACUUGCUCUUAAUAUCACACAGCUUUUUUUUGUUUGUGUUGUUUUUAGGUAUGUUAACCUAGCCGUUUUUAAUUUGAUAUGAUAUGCACUGUAAUAUUUGAAUGUUUUGGUCUUUUUGCGGCCCUAAAAUGAUGGUUUCAGGUGAAGAGUCCAUGAAAUUACACCUGUAAUUCCAUUUUAUUUGGCACUGAACUACUGAAUGGCCCCACAAGCUCAUUAUCGAUCACAGUACUGGACUUUUAAUGCAGAUAGGUCUUUUAUUCUUUUUUUUUUUAGGAACUAGAUUUUUUCUUUAAGAACUGUAGGAUUUUGUUACUAACCAAUGAAAUGUCUUUAGUGGUUGGAGUUGGAAAAUUUGUUACGGAGGUUUAGAGUGAGUUGUUGUGGACCGAAGCUGCUGUUCAUUUUGUUGUUGCCCUCUAGGGCCAGAUGUACGCAAGCAAUAGCAGAGGAAAUGUGUUUCAUUAUGGAAACCCCAGCUCUGGGGCCUUUGAAAAUUACGAGUAAUUAAUGCAAAUUUUGGAACCUUAUUAUCAUUGUCACUGCCGUCUUUGAUUUCAAAGAUUGGAUCUACAGUACUGAAGUAGAUGCUGUCAUACCUCCAUUGAAAAGCAGCGUGCCUUAUUUCUGUGGGCAUAGUGAGUUUUGCCUCAAAAGUUAACUUGGGUAUUGAAGAACUUAAUAGCCCGAAGGGAGUCGCAGCUUCUCUCGGUAUUCCCAAUGAAAUAAUUCUCUGAUAUGUCAGGGAUGAGAGAGAAACUGAAUUCUGAAUGGAGGUUGCUCCUUUUAGUUUUCACAUCGCUCUCAUGCUAGAGUUGUAGAUUUAGUCGAGUAGAAAAACAACAUGAAUACUUCAGUGAAGGGUAAAAAUAUUUUUUAUGUUAAAAGAUAUAUUUGCAAUUGCGUAGAGGUACUAAUAUAGACAAUAUUGUGGUUGAUAGGAAGAUUUAGAACAAUGCACCAGAGUCAUCUCAGGGCCUCAUGUAAGCAAUAACCUCACUAAAGACAUCAGUCGAAAUUAUUAUGUGACAUAUUUGUCUCUGUGUACAUGGCACAUACUAUUGCCUAUUAUAGAUUUGUCAUCAAGUUUUCUUUGCCGUUCAUUAAUUUUAACAUCUGUGCUGUCUGUGAAUUCAUCAAACGCUUUCUCCUGUCUGUAAAACCAUUUUAUUGUUGGUU